AUGAAAAGACAUAGUAUAGGCAAACGAUUUCGUAAAUUAAAAGGAUUACGUAAAGCAGAUCCUAAUGCAAUAAUUCCAGAAACACCUAAAUAACUGUAAGAUUAUAUAGAGACUUUGACUAAUAAAGGUGUACAUAUUAACAAAGUUAAGUAUGCUAUCUUUUAAACUAAAAAUGGAUUAAAAUAUCCAGGGCUUAUAGGUAUAGAUUAAUGUAAUACUUUAGCAUCUGAAAAGAUUCUAUCAAAUGAAACAUUAGUAUCAGUUCCAAAAGAUCUUUUAUUUACUACAAGACAUGCAUUCGAAUCUCCUUUGAAAUAGAUGUUUUUAGAUCAUCCACAAUAUUUUAGUAAUUAAUUCUACCCAUCAUGGGAAGAUCAUUAAUUAUUAGCAUACAUAUUGUAUGAAUAUUAAAGAGGACCUGAAUCUGAAUGGCAUCUUUUAAUUUCUAAUCUACCUAGGGAUAUUGAUUAUUUAGUGUUUUGGAAUCAUGAAGAAUAAGACUUAUUGGAUGAUGAAUAAUUAGUAAAAUUAGCUAGGAAAUAAUAUUAAGAAUUCUUAGUUGAAUUUGAAACACUCAAAUGUAUUACUGAUAAAUAUCCUAAUCUAUUUAAACCUGAAACUGUUACAUUAGAUAAUGCUAAAUGGAUCUAUACACAUCUUGUUACCAGAUGUUUUGGUAAAUAUUUGGCUUAUGUUACAAUGGUACCAUUUUGUGAAUUAUUUAAUCAUGAAUGUACUGAUGUAUUUUAUGAUUUCGAAUAUAAUGCAGAUAAUCCUAAUAAAAGUGAAGAAAGUGAAUAAACUUAAAUUAAAGAAUUAACAGAAGAUGAAUAAUUAUCUGUUACAUCUUCUGAUGGAUCAUAUCAUUCAGAAGAUGAAAUUAGUGAUUCUGAAUAUAUUACAGAUAAUUAUGAUUAAUUUAAAGAAUUUGAUUUUGAUUAAUUUAGUGAAAAAUCCACUAAAAAUUUCUAUGAAGAAUUCACUAGGACUUUUGAUAUUAAAUAAUAAGAAAAUGAAGAAGAAGAAGAAUUCAAUAAAAGAAUCAAAGAAUUAUAAGAUUAAUAAAUUAAAAUGAGAAAAGAUUUUAACAUUAAACUCAAUCUAUAAAGAGAAGUAUUUCUAUUAUCUCGAGAUUGCAAAUCAUUUAUAUUUUAAAAUUUAGAUUAUGGAGAUAACUAUUCCAUUUUCUUUAUUGGAUAAAUGUUUAACAAACUUGAAAAAUCUAUCUAAGAAUAUAUUAAUGGAGGUAAAGCUUAUUUUAUGGCCAGAGAAGAUGUCAAAAGAAUUCAAUUAACUUGUAACACUUAUAGAAAUAAUUUAUAUGCUUUCUAAAAAGAUGUCAUGAAAAAACCUAUCUAUUAAACUACUUCUUUUCAAUAAAAAAGAUCAAAGACUUAAAAUUCAACUUUAGAUAAUGUUGAAUAAAUCUUAUCUUAACCAUUAGAUCCUGAAUGUGAAUAUUAUAAACCAGUAUGGGAAAAAGAUAAAUUUGAUAGAUUUGUUAUGAAAGCUUCUAGUAAAGAUCAAUUCGAAAAAGGAGCUUAAGUUUAUUUUUGUUAUGGUCGAUUAUCUAAUAGAAUGAUGCUCAUGAGAUAUGGAAUGACUUUAGAAUAUAAUAAAUAUGAUCAUGCUCAUUUAAGAAUUGAAUAUUUAAAAUAUUUACAAAAUCAUGAAGCUAUUUGGCUAGUCCAUAAAUAUCAAUUAAGCAAAUACAAAAGAUUCAAAUUAAAGCAUACUACAUUCCCUAUUGAUUUCAUUAUUUUCUGUAAAUCUAUCUUUUGGUAAAUAUUACUAUCUUAAAUAUAUUUUUAGGACUUUUAAUGUACAUUCUUUAGAUUCCUUUUUCAAGAUCUAAGAUCUUAAGUUAGAAAGAAAAGCUUUGCAAUUAGCUUUAGAAAUCUUGGUAGAAGAAAUUUCUAAAUUUUCAGAUAAAUUAGAAGAUAAUGAAAAACUAUUGUAUGACAAUACAUUAGGAUAUCAUGAAUAUUUUGCUGUUAUUUAUAGAUUAGAAAGAUAAAGAAUUUAUCAUCAUAAUAUUAAGUAAAAUUUAUAUCUCAAAAUAGCCUAAUCAAAAUUUGUAUUGUUGUUAUAGAUAGAAUGUUAGAUGGAGUACCAUUUGAAUAAGCCACUGAAAAAACAUAAUUUGAUUUCGAUUAUUGUGAAACCAAUAGGAUGAUCUUAACAAAAUAUUUUGAACAAAUGAGAUAUGCUCUCUAUUUACCAAAAUGA